CCCAAUUCGCCAUUCCUGCAGCUCCGACUCCACUUUGCUAUUCCCUCUUCGUUUGCUUUGUCGUUCCUUUCUUUGCUGUACGUGACCGUCUUCUUGAUGGUAUUUGCAUUUUGCUCUUUGUCCCGCAGAAUCCUCACGCCCACUAGCUCCCCGCUCCUGCAUUUGAGGGCCAACUUCAAACACAGACCCUUGCAGCUGGUAUUCCGGGCCACCAUGGCGACACCAGCACGCACCCAGCCGGAAUGGAAGGAGCCCAAGUCGGAGCAUCCAGCGAAAUUGAAGGUCUGGAACUCUUUGACAAGAUCGAAGAACGACUUUGUUCCUAUCGACCCCGAGGGCAAGGUUGUCAAGUGGUACAGCUGCGGCCCCACCGUGUACGAUGAUGCCCAUCUUGGACAUGCACGGAACUACGUUACCAUUGAUGUUUUGCGGAGAGUGUUGGCUGGCUACUUCGGCUACAACCUUCAAUUCGUCCAGAACAUCACCGAUGUUGACGACAAGAUCAUUCUCCGAGGACGCCAGCAGCAUAUCCUGGGACAGUUCAAGACCGAAAACCCAGUUAUAUCAGCCGACGUACUGGUGACGACUGUUGCAGCAUUCAAUGCCUAUGUAAAGAAGAACCUGCCAUUGCUGAGCCCAGAACUGUCGCCUGAAGACUUCAACAAGGAGUCGGCUGAGAAGUAUGCCAACGUCAUUGCUGGCAAGUCUGAGAAUGGUACCACCGCUCCAGGUGACAAGGAAGCGAAGAUCAAGAUGCACUUGAGGACCGUGGGCACUGCAGCGACAGCAUUGUUAUCCCCCUCGAAGUCCACCCCAGAGGAUGUUGAGCUGUUCUACGCAGGCGCUGAAGACGUUCUGCUGCCAUACCUGGACUCAGUGCACGGCUCAAAGAUCGAUGCCAGCGACCACACGGUCUUCACAAAACUUACCCAGAAGUACGAGGCACGCUUCAUGGAGGACAUGAGGAACUUGAACGUCCUCGACCCAGAUGUCGUGACCCGAGUCACCGAGUACGGUGAACAGAUCGUCACUUUCGUAGACAAGAUUGUCGACAACGGCUUCGCCUACAAGACCUCAGAUGGUUCAGUAUAUUUUGACAUUGACAACUUCGAGAAGAUUCCGGGUAAUCACUACGCGCGCCUCGAACCCUGGAACCGUGGAGACAAGGGUUUACAGGCGGACGGUGAGGGUGCUUUGUCACAGACAAAGACAUCCGAGAAACGCAGCGAGGCCGACUUUGCCUUGUGGAAAUCGAGCAAGCCCGGAGAGCCCGCUUGGAAAUCACCAUGGGGUCCUGGGCGACCGGGCUGGCACAUCGAGUGCUCAGUCAUGGCCAGCGACGUGCUUGGCAAGCAGAUGGAUAUCCACUCGGGUGGUAUCGAUCUGUGCUUCCCUCAUCACGACAACGAACUUGCACAGUCAGAAGCUCACUGGUCGGGUGACAAGGGCGGUCACCAGUGGGUGAACUACUUCUUGCACAUGGGUCACUUGUCGAUAUCUGGUAGCAAGAUGUCGAAGAGUUUGAAGAACUUCACAACCAUCAGGGAGGCACUAGCGCGAGGGGACUGGACUGCCCGCAGUUUGCGCAUCAUCUUUCUGAUGGGAGGAUGGCACGAUGGGAUUGAAAUCACCGACACUAUGCGCAAGGCUGGAACAGGUUGGGAGAGCAGUAUCAGCAACUUCUUCUACAAGGUUCGCGACCGCGAAGCGAACCCUAUGAUCGGCGCAACUGGCAAGGAGGACGAACAAAUCCUGAAGGCGUUCGAGACCGCGAAGGAGAAGGUUCACAGCGCACUUGCGGAUUCGUUCGACACACCGGCUGCGACACGUGCGAUCUCAACAUUGGUCACAGCCUGCAACUCUGCUGAACCAACAGAUUUGUCUGACAGUGUCGCUUUCGACGUCGCUCGCUACAUCACUCGCAUGGUCCGCAUCUUCGGUCUUGAUGGCUCAGCAGAUCCCUAUGAUGGCGGCAUCGGCUGGUCAGGCAUCGAUAUCCCAACAGAAGCCAAGGAGUUUGUGUAUGCCGCUGCUCGUGAGCGCGACGAGGUCAGGAAGCACGCCGUUACUGGCGACCUUUCGAGCGAGGUUCUCGAAUCCAUCAUCGCACAGCACAAGUCCGCACAACAGCAAGACAUCAGCGCAAUCCCGUAUGCCGAGGCCCUCUCCACAUUCCAAGAGAGUCUUCGAGAUCUGGCCGGCAGGCAAGCACCAGCCAAGGACUUCCUUGCGCUCUGCGACGCGCUGCGCGAUACCCACCUGUGGGACCUCGGCAUCUAUCUCGAAGACCGCAAAGACCUCCCUUCGAUGGUGCGACCUGUCGACGCCGAGCUGCGCUUCGCACGUGAGGAGAAGGAGACCAUCGCACGCCAGAAGGCUGAGGCCAAGGCCCAGCGCCAGCGCGAGGAGGCCGAGAAGCAGGCCAAACUAGCUGCUCAAGCAAAGAUCGACCCCAAAGAAAUGUUCAGGACAGCCGAGUACAACGCCUGGGAUGCCGAUGGAUUGCCGCUGAUGGAUAAGGAGGGGAAGGAGCUCUCUAAGGGUGCGAGCAAGAAGGUCAAGAAGGAGUGGGAGAAGCAGAAGAAGCUCAACGAUGAAUAUCUGAAGAGCGCUGGUGCGGCUUAGGCGCGCUGUCUCUUCGCCAACUUUUCACGUAGAGUGGGACAAAUUCUAAAAGCAAAGUUCAAGGUUGUGAGAGC